AUGAAAUCGUUCGCUGAUCUCACGUUAGUUUAUUUUAGCAUUAGUUUUACUUUAGAAUUUAGUGUAGAUUGUCUUAGUCAAAGUUUUUUGUAUGAGAAAAUGCACAAUUUUGGUAUUGGAAAUCGAGUGAUUCCAAACUAUCGUCGUUUCAUAAAAAAGUACGAGUACCCUGAGCCAUUGCCGUCGACUACACAUUCCCCAGAUAUCUUAAAGUCUCCCUUCAAGAACCUGUACCAAGGCUCCAGAAGGCCGAAUGACACGAGGGUCUACAGGAGGAAGUUCGAAUUUGCCGCCCAGCAUACUGGCCACCACGUGCUUUGUGAAGGAAUGUUUGAUUGUAUUAUAACCCACUUAGCCAUCGAAACCACCGGUGGUAUACCUAUCCUGCUGCGUGGAGGCGCAGGCUACCGGUACUUCGUGACGGUGACGAAGGGGAAGCCAGGAGACGAGCUGAAGGGAACAGUGCGGGCGUACUGCGUGAAGAAACCAGAUGAAUAUUAUUUGAGUUCACAUAACUCCCCGUAG